AUGGUGCGCAGUUCACAAGGUGUCAAAGGAGUCGUUCCGAUCUCCCAUGGACGAAUCUGCUCGUUCCCUUGGUACGACGCGAAAUCAGUUAAGAGUGCACCUCUCGAGUCUCCUCCGCCACAACGUACAUCAUCGCCCCCUCUCCAACCGGGUGGGGCGCCGUAUCAUCUUCAACCUCCUUUCCACAUCAUCGAGGAGAGUAAGGCUUGCGCGACCAGGAGCAGCAUCACGACCACGAUCGAGAGGGAACUGAACUGGAGCCAGCUUGUCAUCAAGGCGUCCAAAGUGGAGGGUGACGAGGUCGAUGAGUAUGUGCCAUCUCCUGACGCUGGUACAUGUGGGGAAGUCGACUGCAGUGACUCACCCUGGUGGUGCAAUCAAUGUUUUCGAACAGACCACGGAGCAUCUUUGGGCGUUGCUACAUCUUGAAUGAGGAUGCUUCGACUCUGACGCGGUGUUGGAAGUAAGGAAGCUGGGCCAAGAUUCAAGAAGGUGCGAAACUAGUCCCAAAACAAGUGGAGCUCCUCACGACUGCGCAGGGGCCUCUGUUUCGGGUUUUGCGCCGUCGUCGACUGAUGACGGACGGACACUACGCUCUUGAGACUGUAGGGGCGGGGGGGGGGGGGGGGGGCACAUACCUCCUUCCGCCGUGGAAGUCUGGAGCUGUAUCGAUUUCCCAAGACUGAGACACCCACAGUGUGGGAUCGCCCAACACCUCGAGUCUGCCAAUCCAAGCGGGGUCGCCGGGUGAGGCGGCGCACCGAACGCACGCACCUCUUCCCCUGGCACAACGCACACAUCAUUCCCGUCCUCGUCACCACCGACGAGCAAACCGACCUCCCCUCCCUAGACGGCAUCAAAUCCCGCGGUUGGAUCCUCAGUACCUUCCCUUCCAAAGCAAUCGAAAAAUCCUUCGGGGAAGGUUGA